AGCAUAUUACCCCGGACUCCAGUAUACAGGACUGGCGGUAUAGUUGACAGGAAGCUGAGUAUAAAUAAGGUCAUGGGUAUCGGGUAUUAGGAUAUCCAACCUUCUCUCUAUUAACGUCUUCAUUUUUGCAACUAAUUUCUUCACUAUGGUAGCUUCCAACACUGAGAAGAAGCCUUUCCUGGGGCUGACAGGCGGGUGGUUGACAUUUUGGAUCACGUUCGCGUGUGCGACUGAUAUGACCCUUUUUGGCUACGACCAAGGUGUCUUCAGUGGAGUUGUUGUCACACAGAACUUUUUGGAACUUCACGAUCUAGUUGGGCCUUCUAAAACAAAGAUUCUUUCCACCGUCUCUGCUAUCUACGAUGUUGGCUGUUUCAUCGGAGCUGUUAUAGCAUUCACCAUCGGAGAACGCCUAGGGCGGAAAAAGGCUAUCAUCUUUGGUACUACUAUUAUGACUAUUGGAGCCAUCAUCCAGGCGUCCUCAUUCAGUCUUCCACAGAUGUUUGUAGGGCGAACAAUCCUAGGCAUCGGCAACGGCAUCAACACUGCAACCGCGCCUAUCUGGCAGACUGAAACUGCCGAUUCCAAGUGGCGUGGAAAACUUGUUAUCAUCGAAAUGAUGAUGAAUAUUGCCGGGUUUACGCUUGUUAAUUGGAUUAAUUAUGCGCUUUCUUUCAAAGGAGGCGCGUUCGCGUGGCGUUUCCCACUUGCAUUCCAAUUGAUCUUCAACAUCGCACUCUACGCAACGGUACCUUGGCUACCGGAGUCUCCUAGAUGGCUUAUGGCGCAUGGCCGGGAAACCGAAGCUCGAGAAGUGCUUUCGUGCCUGCAGGCUAAACCUGUCGAGGAUCCCUAUGUGUUAACUGUAUACAAUGAAAUCGAGUACAGCAUCCAGUACGAGAUCGCAAAUGCAGUACGAUGGAGAGAUAUCAUAUUUGGAAAGAAGAAUGCGAACGACACCAAGACCUUACGAAGGCUGCUUCUCGGUGCAGGCACGCAGUUCAUGCAGCAGUUCGAAGGAAUCAAUAUCAUGUCAUACUAUCUACCUACCGUGCUCAUCAACUCAGUUGGUCUCAGUAAUGAGAAAGCUCGGCUCAUCACUGGAAUCAACGCAACGACCUAUCUUGUCAUUUCAUGCGUCUCCGUGCUCCUGGUCGAGCGAAUGGGCCGUAGAGGCUUGAUGCUUCUUUCAACAGCCGGGCAGGGCCUGUCCUUCUUGAUCAUCACUGUUUUACUUUGCUAUGCGGAGAGGAGUUCUAAUGGAUCAGCCGUUGCUACUGCCUCUGUUGCUUUCUUUUUUCUCUAUUAUAUCUCCUUUGGCGUGGGGAUGCUGGGAGUUCCGUGGUUGUACCCUACCGAGAUCAACUCUCUUCCUAUGCGUACAAAGGGCGCAGCUGUGGCGACAGCUACUAAUUGGAUCACCAAUUUCGUCAUCGUCGAAAUCACGCCGAUUGGAAUUCAAAACCUUGGCUGGCGAUUCUGGAUCGUUUGGACGGUGUUCAAUGCUGCUUUCAUACCCGUUAUUUACUUCUUUUACCCCGAAACUUCAAACCGUAUCCUCGAGGAUAUGGAUGCAUACUACCGAUCAAACCCAUCACUGAUCGUUACACGCGAUAAGGACGCAAUAAGCACAAAACGACCGCAGAAGUUUAUCCAGCAAGAGAACGAGGAAUUGCAGAAAAACUUGAGGCGAGCAUCUGUUUCUGCUGCCGGGGAUACCAAGGAUCUAGCAGAGCACGUGGACUAAGCAUUGUCUGAAGGAUUUAACAGCAAAUCAAAG